CGCGGCAACCUUUUUCUAUUUCUUCGGAAACAUGUGGCUCCCAGGCACUGGCAGGGCCCAUGGAGGAAGCGUACUCCAGGAUGUGUGGGCUGUCUCCCGUGGGAACCCGACUCGGAGACUGCGUUUGGAUCUGGAAGACCCCUUGCAGCGAUCUGGAGAGGGGAACAGGGCUAUCGGCUUGGCUCAGGUUUAUGCGCCGGCAGGAAAUCGAAGCGCCAGGCGCCAUCUUGUCUGAGCCGACCUGCUUCCGGACUACAUUUCCCAGAGGCCUCCGGAGUGUUCGGGCCGCUCCUUCACUCGCUUGCCCGAUUCUCGGCCUCCCGGGAUCAGUGGUGUUCAGUGAUGUGUCUAUAGACUUCUCACAGGAGGAGUGGGAGUGCCUGGACCCUGGUCAGAGGGACUUGUACAGAGAUGUGAUGUUGGAGAACUAUAGCAAUCUGCUGUCAAUGGGACUUUACAUUCCUAAGCCUCAAGUUAUCUCCUUAUUGGAACAAGGAAAAGAGCCCUGGAUGGUUGGCAGAGAGCUGACAAGAGGCCUGUGUUCAGAUCUGGAAUCAAUGUGUGAAACCAAGUUACUGUCUCUGAAGAAGGAAGUUUAUGAAAUAGAAUCUUGCCAGAGGGAGAUAAUGGGGCUUACAAAGCAUGGCCUUGAGUACUCCAGUUUUAGAGACAUUUUGGAAUAUAGAAACCACUUUGAAAAACAACUGGGAUAUCAAAGUGGGCAUUUCAGCCAAGAAAUAUUCACUCAUGAAUACAUGCCCACAUUUAUUCAACAGACAUUCUUUACUCUACAGCAAAUAAUUAACAAUGAAGAGAAACCCUAUGAAUGUAAGAAAUGUGGAAAGGUCUUUAGUCAGAAUUCACAGUUUAUUCAACAUCAGAGAAUUCAUAUUGGUGAAAAAUCUUAUGAAUGUAAGGAGUGUGGGAAAUUCUUUAGCUGUGGCUCCCAUGUUACUCGACAUCUGAAAAUUCAUACUGGUGAAAAACCCUUUGAAUGUAAGGAAUGUGGCAAGGCUUUCAGUUGUAGCUCAUACCUUUCUCAGCAUCAGAGAAUUCAUACUGGUAAGAAGCCCUAUGAAUGUAAGGAAUGUGGGAAGGCCUUUAGCUAUUGCUCAAAUCUUAUUGACCAUCAGAGAAUUCACACUGGUGAAAAACCUUAUGAAUGUAAAGUAUGUGGGAAAGCCUUUACUAAGAGCUCACAACUUUUUCAACAUGUGAGAAUUCAUACAGGUGAGAAACCCUAUGAAUGUAAAGAAUGUGGCAAAGCUUUUACUCAGAGCUCAAAGCUUGUUCAGCAUCAGAGAAUUCAUACUGGUGAAAAACCCUAUGAGUGCAAGGAAUGUGGCAAAGCCUUUAGUAGUGGCUCGGCGCUUACUAAUCAUCAGAGAAUUCACACUGGGGAGAAACCCUAUGAUUGUAAGGAAUGUGGGAAAGCUUUUACUCAGAGCUCACAACUUCGUCAACAUCAGAGAAUUCAUGCUGGUGAGAAACCCUUUGAAUGUCUUGAAUGUGGGAAGGCCUUUACUCAGAACUCACAACUUUUUCAACAUCAGAGAAUACAUACAGAUGAAAAACCGUAUGAAUGUAGUGAAUGUGGAAAGGCCUUUAAUAAAUGCUCAAACCUUACGCGACAUCUGAGAAUUCAUACUGGUGAAAAGCCCUAUAACUGUAAGGAAUGCGGGAAGGCAUUUAGUAGUGGCUCAGAUCUCAUUCGUCACCAGGGAAUUCACACUGAUGAGUAACAAAAGUUAAAGCUCCUGUUACCUUCCAAAUAUUUUAAACAAAAAAAAUUCACGUUUGAUAGUUACGCUUUCACUAUUUUUUGUUUUUAAAUUUUAUUUUAUAUUUCUUUUUAAUUCAAAUGUUUUUCACUCUAAGUUAUGAAUUAAGAUUCUAAAUUGACAUUUACCCAUCCCCGUUCCCCAAUCUUGUACUAAGGGCAGUUCAAUAAUUCUUCUCUUGCCUAUUAUUUCAUUCUACCUUCUUGGUGAGACAUUAUAUUCUUGUUUAUGUUUGCUUGUAUUUUUUUCUUCUCUGAUCUAUGUAUUUGUGCUUACAUCAGUAUCACACUGUUUAAAAUUUGUGAUUUUGUAUUUUUUAAUUGUAGAAUUAUAACCUUGUUUUUGAAGUCAGUAUUAAUCUUGUGUUUCAUUUCACAAAUUUGUAUUUUCUUAUAUAAAACAGAAAAUCAGAAAACCAGCAACUAAAAACCAAGAUUAACAGUAAUCAUAGCAACUACCAAUGACUACUCUUAAGUUGAUAGAGCAAACCUCCCAGACUUUGUUUUUAAAGUCAUGGUAUGCAUGCAUGUUAUCCCUUCACCUGUUUUGGUCAUGCCAAAAAAUACAGUUGCCAUUUCAAUAAAUAUAGAUUUUUAAAAUGA